AUGUCAUCCUCCCAGGCGCCUCCCCAAGUCGACGAGAAAUGGCCUCGGCAUAGCCAGGAGGAAGCCAUGGAAGGGGACACCCACUCCAUCGGCGGUUCGACCACCUCCUCGGAAGAUACCAUACAUCAAAUCGAGACCCUGACGCAAAGGAUCUCUCGAAUGUCUGAGCCAGAACCCAAUCUCACUCGAAGAGUUACGUCGCAUGGAACGACGGGAACGUCUGACCCCAGCUACGAAGUGGACUGGGAGGGCGACGAUGACCCGGAAAACCCUAAGAACUGGUCCCUGGCCUACAAGGCCAUGUGCAUCGCAUUUCUCUCGUGGAACACUGUCAUGAUCGUCAUCUACUCAACCUCAUACACCUCCGGCGCUGAGCAAAUCUCCGCUGAGUUCGAGAGCUCCAGCAUAAUUGUCACCCUAGGCCUGACAUUCUACCUCAUCGGUCUGGCGGUAGGUUCGAUGUUCACGGCGCCUCUGAGCGAGGUAUACGGCCGCCGGCCCGUCGCAGCUAUAUGUCUCUUUAUCUUUUCUAUCCUAAUCAUCCCCUGCGCGCUGGCCAAAUCCGUGACCACUCUCAUCGUGGUGCGAUUCAUUGGAGCACUGUUCGGAAGCGUAAUGAUCGCCAGCGCCCCGGGGAUGGUAUCGGACUUGGUAAACGACGACCAGCGGGCUCUGGCCAUGUCGAUCUGGAGUAUCGGUCCUGUGAACGGUCCAGUCCUGGGCCCCAUCAUCGGAGGCUUCGUCACAGAGUACCUCGGCUGGCGCUGGAUGCAAUGGAUCUCGCUAAUCCUAUCCGCCAUCGCGCUCGUUUUCUGCCUCGCCAUGAAAGAAACCUACGGACCCAUCCUCCUCAAGCGCAAGGCGGCACGCAUGCGCGAAGAAACAGGCGAAGCCCGCUGGUGGAGCCGCUACGACGAGAAGACGACCAUCGGCGAGAUCCUCAAGGUCGCGCUGGGCCGGCCGUUCGUCAUGGCCGUCACGGAACCCAUCUGCAUCUUCUGGAACAUCUACAUCGGCAUCGUCUACGGCAUCCUGUACCUCUGUUUCACAGCCUACCCGAUCGUCUACCGCGAGAUCCGCGGCUGGUCGCUGGGUAUCUCGGGGCUCGGAUUCUUGGGUAUCGGCACAGGUUGUCUGGUGACUAUCGCGUGUGAGCCGCUCAUCCGCCGCAUGAUCAACAGCCACCGCAUUGACCCUGAGACGGGUAAGGUGUCUGCGGAGGCGAUGGUCUCUAUCGUGUGUAUCUCGGCUGUGCUUAUCCCUGCCGGUGAACUCUGGUUCGCGUGGACUUGCUCCCCGGCUUCUAUCCACUGGAUCGCGCCUAUCCUGGCGGGCAUGUUAUUCGGUGCUGGAAACACGGGUGUCUUUAUCUAUGCGUCGAACUAUCUCGCGCACAGCUACGGCGUGUACGCUGCGUCUGCGAUGGCCGGUAACUCUGUCGUCCGGAGCGUCCUCGGCGGUGUGAUGCCCCUGGUGGGAACGUAUCUGUAUGCCGGGCUGGGCCCCAACUGGGCUGGGACGCUCCUCGGUCUGCUCGAGGUGGCUAUCAUUCCGAUCCCGAUCAUCUUCUAUAAGUACGGGUACAAGAUCCGCCAGAAGAGCGCUCUUAUCGCCCAGAUGCAGGAGGACAAGAGGAAGAUGGAGGGAAAGCGAAAGCGGCUGGAGCAACGGCUGGAACAGCGGCUGGCGGCGCAGAACGCCGAGGAUGUGAAGAUGGAUGUCUAG